GCCCGUGUGGCCAGUGCGGCCACACCGUCUCACUCAUCCUCGCCUCUCUUUUUCAGAGGCGGCGGCCGGAAUUUGGAGGCAAAACAGCACUGGAUCGACCUGGCGAACGGCUACCCAAGUUCGACUCCCCACUUCCUCGACAUCCACGGGCGCCUUCCCAACUCCCGGGCAGAUGAGGCACCGCUUGGGCUUCAGGGCUUCGGCUUGUCUGCGCCCAUCGCUGCCUUGGACGAGGAGGACUGGCCACCAAAUCCCUACAG